GGGAAGGGCUUCAGCUACAGCUCCGCCCUCAUCAGGCACCGGCGCAUCCACACUGGGGAGAAGCCCUACGAGUGUGCCCAGUGUCAGAAGAGGUUUCGGACCAGCUCCAGUCUCCUCCAGCAACAGCAGAUUCACACAGAUGAGAGUCCCUUCUGCUGCCCUGACUGUGGAAAAGGCUUCAAGCGCAACUACACCCUUGUCAGCCACCGGCGCAUCCACACUGGGGAGAGGCCCUACGAGUGUCCUGAGUGUCAGAAGAGGUUUCACACCAGCUCUGAUCUCCUCUUGCAUGAGCGGAUUCACAUGGAUGAGAGACCCUUCCUCUGCCCUAGCUGCGGGAAGGGCUUCAAGCGCAACUCCCACCUCAUCAGGCACAAGCAGACCCACACUGGGGAGAGGCCUUACGAGUGUGGGGAAUGUGGGAUGAGCUUUAGCCAGAACUCUAACCUGUUCUCCCACCAGAAGACCCACACCAGAGAACGGCCCUAUGAAUGUGGGGAAUGUGGGAAGAGCUUCAGUCUGAAGUCUCUCUCAAGCUGCCACCAGAGGAUCCACACUGGGGAAAGGCCAUACAACUGCAGCCAGUGUGAGAAGAGCUUCAGGCACAGCAGCACCCUGAUGAGCCACCAUAUGAUCCACACCGGGGAAUGGCCCUACAAGUGUGGGGAAUGUGGGAAGGGCUUCAGCUACAGCUCCGCCCUCAUCACCCACCAACGCAUCCACACUGGGGAGAAGCCCUACGAGUGUGCCCAGUGUCAGAAGAGGUUUCAGACCAGCUCCAGUCUCCUCCAGCACCAGCAGAUUCACACAGAUGAGAGGCCCUUCCGCUGCCCUGACUGUGGGAAGGGCUUCAAGCGCAACUACACCCUCGUCAGCCACCGGCGCAUCCACACUGGGGAGAGGCCCUACGAGUGUCCUGACUGCGGGAAGGGCUUCAAGCGCAACUCCCACCUCAUCAGGCACAAGCAGACCCACACUGGGGAGAGGCCCUACGAGUGUGGGGAAUGUGGGAUGAGCUUUAGCCAGAACUCUAACCUGAUCUCCCACCAGAAGACCCACACCAGAGAACGGCCCUAUGAAUGUGGGGAAUGUGGGAAGAGCUUCAGUCUGAAGUCUCUCUUGAGCUGCCACCAGAGGAUCCACUCUGGGGAAAGGCCAUACAAGUGUGGGGAAUGUGGAAUGACCUUUACUAGGAGGCCCCAAUUGAUCAUCCACCAAAUGACCCACACUGGGGAGAAGCCCUACAAGUGCCCUGACUGUCAGAAGAAGUUUUAUACAAGUUCUCAUCUCCUCCAGCACCAGCGGAUUCACACAGAUGAGAGGCCCUUCCGCUGCCCUGACUGCGGGAAGGGCUUCAAGCACAACUCCACCCUCAUCACCCACCGGCGCAUCCACACUGGGGAGAGGCCCUAUGAGUGUCCUCAGUGUGGGAAGAGC